GGCCCGUGCCCCGGAAGUUGUUUGGGGGGCGGGGCCUUUAGGCCGGUUACCGAGACUGCACGGGUGCGGCCGCCAUGUUCCUCUCCGCGGUCUCCUUUGCCAAGAGCAAGUCAAAAACCAUUCUGGUGAAAAUGGUAAGCCAAGCUGGGACAGGUUAUUCCUUCAAUACCAAGAGACACCGACUCCGGGAGAAACUGACUCUUCUGCACUAUGAUCCAGUUGUGAACAAAAAAGUCCUUUUCGUGGAACAAAGAAAAAUACGCUCCCUCUGAACAAUGGGUGGAAAAUGAAAUUGAUUUAUAAAUGAGAAGACCAAGGGUGGGGAUAUUGAUUCAGAAAUCCUGCAGCGUGUAAUGAAAGCAGAGGAAAUGGCACGGAAUCACUGCCUCCUGUGAUUCGAAGACCAUUGUGAAGGAAAACAAUGCAGUGAAAGAAAGUUCUUCAUAUUAGGACAGAUAUUGCUUCACAUUUAUUUAUGUUUCUGGAUAUUUUUAUAGCCCUUAAUAAAAAGUUAAAAUAGCCCGU